AGAGGCUGCGGCCCAGUGCUUGGUGGUAAUGGCUGCCAUGGUAUGAGACUACCGAGGAUGGACGAGGCUCCGAGUCAAAACCAGCUGGCAGGGAGUGGAAGUCCGGCUGGUGUGGCCACUAGACAGAACCUAGAAGAGCCCAACCAACGGCUGCAGUACUCCAUUCCGGGAAUACUGCACUUCAUCCAACAUGAGUGGGCCAGAUUUGAGAUGGAGCGCUCGCAGUGGGAGUUGGAGAGGGCGGAGCUGCAGGCCAAGAUUGCCUUCCUGAAUGGGGAAAGGAAGGGGCAAGAGAACCUCAAAAAUGAUCUUGUCAGGAGGAUAAAGAUGCUUGAGUAUGCCCUCAAGCAGGAAAGGGCCAAGUACCACAAACUGAAGUAUGGAACAGAGCUGGUGCAGGGGGAUAUGAACCCCCCGGUGGAGGAGGGUGGGGAGGAAGUGCGUGUGGACCCAGACACCAUCCUCUCCACCAACACCAAUGUCUCCUGGAAGCAGUCACGGCAUCUUCUUAGACAAUACCUUCAGGAGAUUGGGUACACGGACACCAUCAUUGACCUGCGGAGCAACAGGGUGAGGUCUUUGCUUGGGAUCAGCAGCGGCGAGAAUGAGGAAAAUCACAACAACGCCCCAGCAGUGAACGGCUCCGACACCACCAAGCGCCAGCCGGACCCCAAUCGCUGGAAUGUUUCUAAAAAGCCACAGUCAACUUUAGAGGCUCAGAUACGGGAUGCAGAGAAGGCAGUCAUGGAUAACUUUGACUUCCUACAAAAUGAAGAGAUGGAGAUGGAUGAUGAUGACGAGGAGGAUGCUGAAGAGGAGGAAGACGUGCGUAACCUCAAGAGUCCGAAAGUUGCCAAGGUGACCCUGGAUGUGGAUGAUGUUGACGGGGAUUCGGUGGAGCUGGACCAUGAAUUUCGCUUCCUGCCUGACGUGGAGGACACCUCACCUGGUGUGAUGGGGUUUGGCCCAGGAUCACGGAGAGCGUACGGAGGUCCAGGGGGGGAGGAGGAUGCCCUGGAAGGACUUGGGGAGCUGGCACAGCUGACUGUGACCAAUGAAGCAGAUGCCUCAUAUGAUAUAUCAUCAACCAAAGAAAACUUUAGGAAGACUUGGACAGCCAAAUACACUUUACGUUCCCACUUUGAUGGGGUGCGGGCACUGUGUUUCCACCCCCAGGAGCCCACCCUCAUCACCGCCUCAGAGGAUGCUACGCUUAAACUUUGGAAUUUGCAGAAAACAGUCCCAGCUAAGAAGUCUGCCUCCCUGGACGUUGAGCCGGUGUACACCUUUCGCGGCCAUCUGGGGCCUGUGUUGUGCCUGGCCAUGAGCGGGGAUGGUGAGAAAUGUUACUCGGGUGGCAUUGAUGGUACCAUACGGAUUUGGAACAUCCCCUCCUCAAACAUUGAUCCCUAUGACUCAUAUGAGCCCACUGUGGUGGGUGGCAGUUUAUCGGGGCACACAGAUGCUGUCUGGGGCCUCACUUUUAACCCGCAGCGGCAACACCUCAUCUCCUGUGCUGCCGACUCCACUGUCAGAUUGUGGUCUGCUGACACACGGAAUCCCUUGCUCUACACUUAUGCUGUUGAGAAAGAUGGGAUUCCCACCUCAGUUGACUUUGUGUAUGAAUCUAGUAACCAGUUUGUGUGCAGCUUUAAUACUGCCAACUGUGUCAUCUUUGACUUGGAGACUGGCAAGCCUGUGAUGCGGCUGGACACUGAACCAGACCAGGGCAGCAACUCCAUCAAUCGACAGAUAAACAGAGUUGUGUCUCACCCAACGCUGCCCCUUACCAUCACCGGCCACGAGGACCGUCACAUCCGCUUCUGGGACAACAACAGUGGCCGCCUGGUGCAGUCUAUGGUAGCUCACCUGGACUCUGUCACCUCGUUGGCAGUUGAUCCUAAUGGCCUCUACCUCCUCUCUGGCAGCCAUGACUGCAGUAUCCGCUUGUGGCAGCUGGACAGCAAACAGUGUGUACAAGAAAUCACAGCCCACAGAAAGAAGUUCGAUGAAAGUAUAUUUGAUGUGGCCUUCCACCCAAGCAAGCCCUUCAUUGCCAGUGCGGGAGCUGAUGCAUUGGCCAAAGUGUUUGUCUGAAGGUUAGCGCGGCAGUGUCUUGAAACUAACCCAACCCAACUGGUGGAGGGGAGUGUGGUGGUGCCAGGCUGCAGUAUUCCACUAUGAGCCAUAGGAGACGUAGAGUGCUGUGUUGAUGGCGCGGCCAGCUAUAUCGCAGUAUCCUCCACUCGGGAGUUUGAAACCUGACUUAAUGCUAGUUUUCUUUCUAAAACACUCCUCUUAUUGUUUUGGAGACACGUGUUGAGGAAGCUUCAUGAUAUUAAUAUUUUAAGACCAUCAAUGCUGUUAUUUAAUUAAUUGGAAGAAAACUAGUCUCUUCUUCUGGUCUCGGGCUCUCUCUCCCCUCGACAACCCCACCAGCUGCUCCCUCCCAGCCCAGCCAUCAGUCCCAGCAGCUGGCCAGCUCUGUGGUUCACUCUGUGUGCAAAGAUGGUUCCCAUUAUCAAUGGUCUACAGAGUUUGGGUUCCUCAAAUGCUUCAUUGACUGAAAGAUGCCAAUUAACAUAAGUCAUUCAAAUCCAAAUAUUUUUUAUAACCUUGAAUUCUUCAUUACUGAGCAUUGUCCUUGGUGGCUUACCAUUACUAUAACCCCAGGCAACAGAAUUAUACUUACAAGGCUUUGGAUGCUGUGACUUCUUGAAGUUUUCUAAUGAGAGGUGUGUGUGUGUGUGUGUGUGUGUGUGUGUGUGUGUGUGUGUGUGCAUUCGUGCAUACUUGCAUACAUGCCUGUGUGUGCGUGGAGGGUGCGUGUAUGUGUGGGUGUGGGUGUGUGCGUGUUUGUGGAUGUGCAUGUAUGCAUGUGUGUGUGUGUGUGUGUGUGUGGGUGCAUGCAUGCAUGUGGACUUGCAUGUGUACGUGUGCUGUGUGCGUGGGUACGUUUGUGUAUGUGUGUGUGUGUGUGUAUGUAAGUGAAACUUCAAAGAUGUGCACAGUAACCAAGCCUGCCAAUAUCUGCUAAAGUGGACCAGCAUGCUGUGAAACAUGACCAUUUUCUGGGCCUUGUACCACAGGCAGACAGACAGCCCUCACCCUCCUAAGUAAUGGCGUGGCACACACACACAAACAGUGGGGUCUGAACCACUAAGGAAGGAAAAGCCUGAAUAAAGUUGAUAGUGGAAGUAGCACAGGGUUGCAGUGGAUAACCAGAACUCAGAUAGACUGCUGGUGAGGUGAACUUACAACUCUUGACUAGUCUUUAUAGGGUUAAUGUGGAAGUUGGCCCUGUGGUGUGAGAAAUCCUCUGACUUGCACAUGGACAUUUAAAUCAUGGGACGGUUUACAUUCUUAUAUUUAUCUGUACAUAUGACGAACCAUUCACUUCUUGCUCAUAUUAGUAGGCAUAUGUCAGUGUCAAGUGUUGUUGGGAAAAUGAUUAGUCUUGUGCUUACUGAGAGAAGACAAAAUCUUUCAUCUUUACUGCUCGGAGGACAAUGAAGUCCUCUGCACUUCUUAAUUACUGCACUCAAAGUGUUAUUUUUUUCAUAUUCUUUACAUUAGUAUUGUUCAUUUAAAAAAUAACUCAUCAUUAAUGAAAUAUAGGUAAUUUGCAGAAAUAGAUAAUCCAAGUUUGCUAAAAACAGUGAGGGCUUUUUUGUACUAUCAAAGAAGCCUCCUUACAAAGUGACUAUUUUUAUACCUUCAUAUGAUAAUGUAAACAUAAGUCUAUUUUAUUACACAAUUCCCAUUAUUUUCCCAACAACAGUUGGCAUUACCUACCCUCACUACAACCUUUAUAGGCAUUACUUUUUCAAAAUGUGAUGCUGUCAGAUGUUUUGAGCCUUGGAUGUGUUUGGUAUAAGGAGUGUAUUACAGUUAUGCAGAGUAGAUGGUGGAGUGACAUGUGAGUGAGGCUUCUGUUACAAAAUGCAGGGAUUAAUGCUACCACAAUGUAACUCAAGGGGAAGGGAAGAGAAGUGAGGCUGUGGAGAGCAUACCUGCCCCUUGUAGAUGCAGGUGGAGCAUGGUAAUCUGGAAGGUGUUAAGAUGACCACAUCCAUCAAGGGGCAGACCUGCUAACCAGUCCCUGUCUGUAGUGGAGCUAAAAGUGUCUUGGCAAUAUUAUCGACUGGCUUGUGUUUGAUAGAGAAGCAAGGCAGUUAAGCUCUUAGUUAAUGAUAGGGUUCCUUCCAUUGUAGUCUAGAAUGAUUUAGAAUAUAGACCAUUUACCUCAAUCUUAGAUACUUAGCAACCUAGGUGAGAAAUGAGGAGUUAUGUCUUUUCUAGCCUUGGGUGUGUUAUCCAGUGCUGGACAUCUUUAAUACUACCAUUUACCCUGCUGACCUAAGCAAUACUGCAGACUGCUACUGAAGGGGUGACCUCACUUUCUCCACCAGUGCUUGAAGCUUAUAAUAAGUAGCCUCAGUGCCAGGAUGUGGUGAGGUCUUAUGUACAUCUUUCCUGUAUUAAAAAGGUUGAAUGUGAGUGAAUGACAUGCUUCCGAGUGCUUUUUAUUGAAAUUUCGUAAGUGUAAGAUAUUUAUUAUGAAGUGGAAAGUUUUCAUAAUUUAUUUUCUUACAUAAUUGUGUAAUUGUAAUGUUGACUUCAUUAAUAACGGUUCAAGGCUCAAGAAAUCUGAUUAUCAUUAAAGUUAUGAAUAGCAUUGCAUACAUUAAUUUUUGUCAAUGAUUUGCGACUCCCUCGGUGAUUUGAUGUCAAAGCAAAUUUGCUGAUGAGUAUACACUAAAAUUUAUGUUAUGUAUUGAGACCUGUGUUGCUUAUAUUUUGCUAUGUGAACCCCCAUGUCUAUGAUGAUCAAUUUAGUAGUAAGGACAGCUCUUAAUGAUGCAUUGCAUAUUAUAUGAGACUUGUUGAAGAAUCUUUUUCUAACAAACAGAUGGCAUGACUGUGUAAGAGAAAUGUAAAUUAAUAUAAAUAUCUGGUACGUGUAAUUUAUUAUCAAUAUUAGUUUCUUUAAUUAUUCAACAAGAAAGAGGGUCCAGGGCUGGUGCCUCCAUGUGCAUGUUCUUUGUGCACACAUACAUAUGCACACAGACAAACUCAUAUAUGCACACACACACACACGCACACGCGCACACACACACACGCACACACACAUAUUUGCGUUCCUAGACAGUGUUCCGAGGACCUGUAGAAGUUCGCUCCAACAGUUCACUAAUUGUUCUCCCUUGAUGGCAAUAGUCACUGCUGCAAGCUUUGGAAAGUUAGUUACUCUGCCCACCUGAUACCUUUUGUCAUCCCAUUGUGUGUUGUUCAUACUGCCAUUGAUCAUUGGCAAGUCAUCACCUAUCAUUAUAAAUGCAAUAACCUUUGACCCCCAUCCGUUCCCUCUUCCCUUCUCUUACCCAUUCAAGGACAUGUUGGGUGUUAGUGUCGAAGGCUGAGGUAGUGUGGGUUAUUGCUACGGGCUAGAAACGUAGGAACAUACCAACACAACAUCCUUCAUCUAUCCACUAGUGUAUUUUGUGUUUGAUCCUCAGUAUUAUUCUGUGUAUCAUGCAGUAUGUAGGUAUUGCCUUGGUCACCCAUCUGUCCCAUGAAAACUCGCCAUUUAUUUAUCUAACUGGUGAACUAGGUGAGGAUUGGUUCUAACCCACCUUUAGGUGAAGUGGAGGCAGCAUUGCUGUGUUAUCAUGUAGGAGGGAGUGGAGAUAACACAGCUCAUUCUGUGUACCUCUGCUUACAUCACGGCCCAUGGCUGGCCUGCACUGUCUGGGUCUUAAAAUAUAGCCCCCCCUUUUUUUCAUUUCUCAUAAAUCAUGUGGUGAGUGUUCAGUCUGUUCUGUGAAUAUUUGACAAAUUGCAGGAAGUUUUGUUGGGCAACCUGUGCUUUUUUUCUUUCAGCUGAAAUGGUGACAUACUUAACAGAGCUCCAUAACAGAUGCUGCUCAGAGAGGCAACUUGCGAGUGGAUUGAGUGUUUUGUAUUUCAGUUUGCUACCUUUGAAGUAUAUUUAUUCUUGUGAGUUGUAGUGCUUUGUCUACUUAUGUUAUAUUUUUGUAUAUAAAAGUAGCAGUCACUAGUUGUCCAGGAGCAAAGCAGUGUAAUGUAUGAUUCGGUUAUCCUUUUAUGGAGGAGUUGGCAUUUCCAUUCAUGGAAAAUCUCAUUCACUCUUAAUACUUUGUAGUGCCCAGCCACCUGCCAGGGAAAAAUGGACACUUAGUGCUAGGGGAGGUGGUGCUGCAUGUUCCGUGUGCUCUGCUGGUUAUGACUGGAAAUAUUUAAACCUUUUACUUUUGUUUCUUGAGCACUAAAGUUCUGACACACUGUGAAUAGCCACACCCAGCCUUACUCUGCCUUCACCUGGCCCUGGCCCAGGAGGCAACACACACACAUAGCCAGUGUCUCUUCCUGAGUACCACAGAACCUUCUAACAAAGGAACAAAGUACUACUACCCAUCCUGUCUAACUAAAGUGUUCCCUGAGUUUUAUAAACUGCACUUGUUAAUAAAAUCCUGCAUUUUAAUUAUUUUAUAUAUUUUUCAAUGACUUUUUAUAUCUAAUUUAAAAAUCUGUAUGUAUGUUGUUCUGGGGAGGCACCUGUAUCUGGAUCAUUUUGGUUACUUUCUUUUCUUUAUUUUUAUUAAUGUGAGGUGACAAGUGACAUCAGCCAUGUCACUCGGGCUGGGACCCCCUGCCACUACACAUAUAUCACCUGUAUGUAGCCUUGUACAUGUGUUAGAGAGAGAAGGUAACAGUAGGUCUGGACUGACUUGACUAAUCACCCUGUUUUCUCUUUUAAUUAUUUAUUCUACUUCGGUAAAAUUUUCAUUAUUUCUGUGCUUGAGAUGUGAGACAAGAGAAUGUUCUCUCCCUGACUACGAUUUUAUACCGAUAUGUUAAGGGCCAUUUUUCCAGUGAUGUAGCAGUGUUGACCCUGAAGUCUUAAGCUGUUUACCAAGACUUCUACAAAUGUCAAAGUCACAGUUCAGGACUACUGCUUGUAUCCUAGCAACAGUAAGUAAUGUAAGAAACAAACUUUGUGUAUUU